AUGCCGCUGUCACUGGCGCUCAUCGUCGCUGCCAUCGUCAGUUCCGUCGCCUCUGCGUGUGUGUGUGUGUGUGUGUCAGUUGUAUGCUUAUUUUACUCUCUCUCUCUCUCUCUCUCCCUCUCUCUCUCUCUCUCCCUCUCUCUCUCCGCGGCGGCGGUGACGGGUCACGGGAGUGAGAGUGGCAGCAGCAGUGGGAUCGAGUCGGAUACGGAGGAGUUCCCUGGUCAUGCCGGGUAUCGCCUGCUUGGGGAUGCGCCACCGCCUGAGCCUCAGGAUGAUAGCGAGAGCGAGGGCGAGAGCGAAGCAGACAGCAGCGACGACGACGACGACGACGGGCGUCGACAGGAGACAGCUGGCGGAGCUAGCGAGCGGCCUGUGGGCGAUGUUGGCGAUGCAGACCAGGAGAGCGAUGAUGACGCAGCGCUGGCUGCUGCCGUGCGGCAGGCCCUCGAUGCCGAUUUAUCGCGGAGACCUCGCAAUUUGGGAUUGGUGGCUCAAAUUCAGGCGACCGAGCAACUCACCAUUGCUGCAGUUCAGGCCCGUGAGCCAUCCCCCGAGCACAUCACUCUGAGCUCAGAUGCUGUGGCGGAAAUCCGCUCCAUCAUGUCCCAGGUUCAACUUCCCGUACAGCUGCAGAGCCAAAUGCGUGACGAGGCCUUGGCGCAGGCAGCCCGCCAGGCCGCAGCCUUGCGAAAAAUUCGUGUGGAAACUUUGUCUGCACCUGCAGCUCCGGCCGACCCCGACUUUGACCCUCGCAGCUAGGGCAUUGCUAUCGGCGUCGGCGCCGGUCCACUGCGUACCUGUGUCGAAAUAGAAGUGCACUUGGGCGCCGAUUUCCAAGGUAUGAUGAUAAUAAUUGAUAACCGAAGUUUU